AUAUUUUUAAAAAAAAUUUUAAAAAUAAAACCUAAAUAAGGAAAGAGCAAUGAAAAUAUGUGGGAUCCAAUUUUAGUUAUUGCUUAUGGUUAAUUCAAAAUUUUCAAGGUUGAUUAUAUAUAUAUUUUAUUCUAUGUAGCAGUUAACAUAUUAUAUCCCUCUCCAAAAGUCUCUUAGAAAGCUUUUAUCCUAUCAAAACUAUAUAUAUAUAUAUAUAUAUAUAUAUAUAAUCUAAGUUUAUCAGUUUCUAUUUUGCUUACAAAUUAUAAAAAAAUAUUCAGAUGGGAAGGUAAUUAUGGAGUAUAUUGGAGCCACAGGGAUUCCUAUAACUCUAGAUCGAGUACCUAUUGAAGAUGGCAUCGACUUCCACUUCAUACUUAGCUUUGCCAUUGAUGCAGACCCAUCAGGCAAUCCCCAAAAUGGCAAAUUCUCACUCUAUUGGGCUUCUUCAUUAACCGCAGAUUCCAUUGCAGACGUGAAAGCAAGCCACCCAAACAUAAAAGUCUUGGCUAGCCUUUCUGGCUGGAGCCUUGGAGAUAAGGUCCUUCGUUGGUAUGACCCUGUGGACCCCAAGGAAUGGAUAUCUAACGCUUUCUCAUCCCUUCGAUCCUUAUCGAAAUCUUACCAUCUUGAUGGAAUAGAUAUAGAUUAUGAAAGAUUCCCAAAACGGAAUACAACUUUUGCUUAUUGCAUUGGGGAGCUCAUCACCCUUAUGAAAAAACAAACGGUCAUUUCUUUAGCCACCAUUGCACCAUUUUACAGGACUGCUGAACCCUACAUUGAGCUCUUGAAUGGUUAUGAAGGUGUUAUAGACUUUGUCAAUUAUCAAUUCUAUACUGAUAAAGUUAAGACCCCAAAAGGGUAUUUGGAAUCGUUUAGAUUUCGAUCAUUGCAGUUUGGUACGAAUAAGCUAUUUCCUAGCUAUGAAGUCAAUGAAAGAGGCAAUCAAGGGAACGCAUUUUUUGAUGCUUUAAGCCCGUCGGAGGGGAGUGGGUUUCAAAUCAACGGGAUUAUGAUCUUCUCAGCUGAUGCUUCUUCCUCUAACAAUUAUUAUUAUCAGAGGAAAUUACAGCAAUACUUGCUUAAUUCUACGAGUGUUUGAUAUCCAUAAAUGUAUUGUACAAAUUCACAUGCAAAAGCUAUAAGCCCUUGUGCUUCCUCCAUGUCAAGCAUUAAAUCUUCCUAUAUUA